CAUCAUUCAGUUUUCUACAAGCGAGAAGAACACUAGUGAAAUCAGUGGAGCUCUCAGUGACGAAAAAAGUGCGUAGUUUCAUUCCUGCUGUGAAAAAGUGUUAUAACAAGAAUUUCGAUAAUAUUGUGUAAUUUUCUGCUUUGAAAAAGUAUCGAUAGAGGAUGCAGAUCUUCGUCAAAACAUUGACUGGUAAGACCAUCACUCUGGAGGUCGAGCCUUCGGACACCAUCGAGAACGUCAAGGCCAAGAUCCAGGACAAGGAAGGUAUCCCGCCAGAUCAGCAGCGUCUGAUCUUCGCCGGUAAGCAGCUUGAGGACGGUCGUACUCUGUCCGACUACAAUAUCCAGAAGGAGUCUACCCUUCAUCUGGUCCUGCGUCUGCGUGGUGGCAUGCAGAUCUUCGUGAAGACCUUGACGGGCAAGACCAUCACUUUGGAGGUCGAGCCUUCUGACACCAUCGAGAAUGUCAAGGCCAAGAUCCAGGACAAGGAAGGUAUCCCGCCAGAUCAGCAGCGUCUCAUCUUCGCCGGAAAGCAGCUCGAGGACGGCCGUACUCUGUCGGAUUACAAUAUCCAGAAGGAAUCCACCCUCCAUCUGGUCUUGCGUCUGCGUGGUGGUAUGCAGAUCUUCGUGAAGACCUUGACCGGCAAAACCAUCACUCUUGAGGUCGAACCUUCGGACACCAUCGAGAACGUCAAGGCCAAGAUCCAGGACAAGGAAGGUAUCCCGCCAGAUCAACAGCGUCUGAUCUUCGCUGGAAAGCAGCUCGAGGAUGGCCGUACUCUGUCCGACUACAAUAUCCAGAAGGAAUCCACCCUUCAUCUGGUCCUCCGUCUGCGUGGUGGUAUGCAGAUCUUCGUGAAGACCUUGACCGGCAAAACCAUCACUCUGGAGGUCGAGCCCUCGGACACCAUCGAGAACGUUAAAGCUAAGAUCCAAGACAAGGAGGGUAUCCCACCAGAUCAGCAGCGUUUGAUUUUCGCCGGUAAGCAGCUCGAGGACGGUCGUACUCUGUCCGACUACAAUAUCCAGAAGGAGUCUACCCUUCAUCUGGUCCUGCGUCUGCGUGGUGGUAUGCAGAUCUUCGUGAAGACCUUGACCGGCAAGACCAUUACUCUUGAGGUCGAGCCAUCGGACACCAUCGAGAACGUUAAGGCCAAGAUCCAGGAUAAGGAAGGUAUCCCUCCAGAUCAGCAGCGUCUGAUCUUCGCCGGUAAGCAGCUGGAAGAUGGUCGUACUCUGUCCGACUAUAACAUCCAGAAGGAAUCCACCCUCCAUCUGGUCUUGCGUCUGCGUGGUGGUAUGCAGAUCUUCGUAAAGACGCUGACCGGCAAGACCAUCACUCUGGAGGUCGAGCCCUCGGACACCAUCGAAAACGUCAAGGCCAAGAUCCAGGACAAGGAAGGUAUCCCCCCAGACCAGCAGCGUCUGAUCUUCGCCGGUAAGCAGCUCGAAGAUGGCCGUACCCUAUCCGAUUACAACAUUCAAAAGGAGUCUACCCUUCACUUGGUCCUUCGUCUUCGCGGCGGAAACUGAAUCACAUCAUCCCGAGUACAUACGAUGCUUAUAAAUGUCGCUCGCUACAUUUUAAUCUUCGAUCAACAUCAUCAAAUAAAUUAAAUGAAUUUCUCUCGGUAGUACAUUCUAUAAGUCCCUCUUAUGAUCUCCGCGAAAUUACGCGUGAAGAGAACCCACAAAGCACUCAAAAUCCUAAAACGUAGUCCUCACCUGUUGGAAUUUCUCCAUUGACGUAGUGCUUUCUUUUCUGUAACGAUUGCUGAAGAACAAAAAUAAAACACCAGUAAAAAUGUA